AUGGAUGAUUCACAUUUGCCAACAACACCAAUAUGUCCAAAACAACAAAUUAUUGAUAUUAAUGCUGGAACUAUUUUGAGAAGAGAAAAUUCCAGGUGAGUUUGAAAAUUAUAAAACUAAAUACAGUGACCGUCAGUUUAGAAAAAUUCAAAUGUUUUUCCAACAAUUUUGAACGUGAGACAAUUUCCAAAAAAAAAAAAAAUUUUCUCAUUCCUAAUUUUUUUCAGAAAAGAUAAUUUGUAUUAUGGUUGUCCAAUUGCAAUUGUUUUGGUGCUAAUUAUUUUCAUAAAAUGUGCUCUUUUAUCAGUUUGGGUUCUACGAGAAUAUGAUACUUUUGAUUUUCGAUGUACAGCUUGGGAUUCGGACACUUCUUCGCUAUUAUUUCGAACAAAACGAUGGUCAUUAUUGUUAGUUUUAAAAUGCAUGCAGAUCUCAAUUUUAUUUGUUUUUUUUUUCUUUUUUCAGUACUGGGAACACCGAUCCACGAAAUUUCUCACCGAAACAAAAAAGUAAGAAGAAAACAAUCAAUGAAGUGAUUACAAUUGAUAAUUCAAAUCGGAAACCGUAUUAUGGUAAAUAAAUUUUAGAAAAGAACACGUUUAAAAAUGUUCAACUUUCAGGUUCAAUGAAACUGAAUGAUACAAAUGUGGAAAUUCCAAAAAUUGAUCCAAAACUUGAUUUUGGACCACUUCCACCCACUUUAAGAAGAAAUGUAAUUCAAGAGAGAAACGAAGAAGACGAAUCAGAGUUUGAAGAAAAAUUAGAAGAUGAUGAAUUGCCUUUAUCAACUAUGGUUACGUUAACAAAUACACAAUUGAUUCCUUUGAAAGGGGUUGGAACUGUUAAGUGAGUUAUUUUACAAUAAUCAAAAAGUUUUAUUCAAUAUUUUUAGAAUGAAAACAAUUCGUAAUCGUGUUGAAAAAGUUGGAUCUGAUGAAGAAGAAUUUAUGGAAAUUGAUAUAUCUGAUUCUCCUCGGAUUUAUGUUUCAAAAAUAAAAUCGAGACAUGGUGGAGAAGAAGACACCGAAACACCAACUGAUUUUAAUAUUCUUGAUGAUCUCAAGAAAAAACCAAAGAAAACAAAAGGAAAAGGAUUGAAGAAAAUGAAAAAGAAAAUGAUGGAAGAAGCGAAAAACAAAAAUGAAACCCUUGUUUUGGAUACUGUAGAAGAUAUUAAAAACAAUUCGAAAGAUGAGAAGAAAAAACGAUUGAAAAAUAAGAAGAAAAAUAAAGAGAGACAUCAUAAGAAACAUAAUCAUACUACUGAACAAUUUGAAAUGGAAACAACUAAAAAUCCACGUCAUUUGGUGAGUGGAGCAUCGUUAACAAAUGAAGUGACACCUCGACCAGAACAUAAAUCAAGUUGGAUUGAUGGAGUUGUUGAUCCGAAUGAUCCGAAAUUUUCAAAUCAAGGCGAAAUUCGAGGAUAUACAAUGCAAAAAGCAACAAAAAUACCAACGACGACACCAAAUUCAUUUGAUUCUGAAGAGAAAAUUCGAAUAUCAGAAAGAACAAGAAAAAUGUGGGAAAUGGAUGAAGUUAAAUUUACAACUUUUAUGGCUCCAAAAACAACACAAAUUACAAAACUCGAUUCUGAAAAGAAUUUAGAAGAAAAACCGGAAUUUGUUGAAGAAAAAAUAGAAAAAGUUGUAACUUAUGAAGAACCAACAACGACUAAAACAUUGACUUCGGAAGUUUAUCAAAUUUCAAUUCCAAUUGAAAAUAAACCAAAAACAUCAUAUCAACCACAAAGUAUUUAUGAGGUAAAAACAACAACAAAAAAGUUGCCAGCAGUAUUUAUUGGAACUACAUCUGAUACUUCAAAUAACAUUGAAGAAAUUAACGAUGCGGAUACUAAAACGGUUAGUUUUCUGACUUUUGAAAAAAAUUUGGUUCUAAUUCUCAAAUCUGUAUCAAAGAAGAUGAAUUUUUUAUAGAUUCACAUUGGCGAUUCUUCUUCAUAUCCAAAAUUAUGGAUGAAUCAAGGAACAACUACAACAACAGAAAGACCGUAUGAUCCACAACAUUUUGAAAAUGAAUUGAAUAAGUUGAAAGAUUCAACAAUUUGUAUGGCAAGAAUGGCAUUCGAUGUUUGGUGUCUUUUUAUGGUAACAUAUCAUCAGAAAUAUCUUAAUCCUCUAAAAUACAAAUAUUUCAGUUGUUCUCAGCAGUUCCAUUUGUUACUGGUAUUUGUGUUCCACGCUGGAGUCUUUUUGUUCUUCACAUUGUUUUUGAUUUUCUUUUUCUUGUUAUCGGUUUUGUGAGCAGUUUGACAAUUGCAAUAAUGUCUACUAUUAUGUAUUUUCUGAUAGAUGAGAUGUCAUCUGAUGCUUUAUUCGAAUUUCUACUUGUUUCUUUUGUGACAGGUGAGUGCGAUGGAAAAAUAUUAUAGAUAUCAGUUUGUGACAAAACUGAAAAACUAAGCUUGCACAAUUCAAACUAUCUGAGGGGUUUGCUUUCUAAGAUUACUUGCCAGCGCUUAAUCACGUCUCGGGGAAAAAGUAGCAAGUUUUGCUUUUGAAAAUUUUUAAAAACAAUGUUGAAAAACUCACUUUUCCUCCAGUUUUCCUCGUUUUUGAAUAUCAUUCAACUAAAAUUCGAUUCAUAAAUUGUUUCGACAUUUCCAUCAUUUUCCUGACGUUUUUCCUGUAAAAUAGAAAUGAGUGAAAUCUAAAAAAGAACUCCAAACUGAAGAAAAAUUCAAGAUGUACAUUUUUUAUAAAAUUACUUUUUGAGCACCAAUUUUAGUAUAAAACUAUCGAAAAUCAACUAAACUUGUGUUUCUUGUACUAGGAAAAUAGAUAAAUAUGAAUUUAACAACACGUUUGAUUCAAAUUCAUGGAAAAACAACAAAAAAAUACGUGAAUGAAGAAAUUCCGAAAAAAAAACAAGAAAAUAAAAGUAAAAAUGGAAGUGCGCCCUAUUGAUAAAAAUUUCAUGUUUCGCGCUCUGUCAAAAAUGUGUGUGUUUCACACCCGUUCAAACAAUGAAAAAAUUAGAAAUUUCUUUUAUUCACACUGCGCCACAAUUUGCAAAGGAAUUAGCUAACCAAGUGGCAAAACUAAAUAUACCAUUGAAAUCAGCGCAUCGAGAUCUGUGUGAGACUACGCAUUUCGAAAUUUUUAGGGUCCUGCGAAGAAAGUUAGCAAUCGCUACAAGACCCAACGCAUGAAAUUUAUCAUGCUCCUUUAAUACUGUAGUGCGAAAUAUAACGGCGAACAGAGAGAAUUAGACAAAAGUGUUUGCACAGUUUAUUGUUUCGUUCUACAGUAGAAAACACUCAUUGCGUUGCUUGAACGGGUGUGAAAAAACCAGAAAUCCUAGAAUAUUUUAUUUUUCACGUGAACCUCACUCAUCUUUUUAAAUAAAUAUCAUUUGCGUUUUUCCCAAUAAAUAACUCAUUUUUGCAGAUAUAAUUCUAAUAAUAUAUUCUCUAUUAAUUGUAAUUUCAUAUCGUUGCUGUUCUCGACUCGUCGAGAAUUUCAUCAAAGAUUCGACCAAUUCAACAUAUUCUAGUUUACCAGAACAAGUGUAG